CGCAGCUCGCGGCCCCGGAGCGGCCCCGGUGUGGCGGCGGUGGCGGCGGCCCGGGCCCGCCAUGGCCAAGCAGUACGACGUGCUGUUCCGGUUGCUGCUGCUCGGGGACUCGGGCGUGGGCAAGACCUGCCUGCUCUGCCGGUUCACCGACAACCAGUUCCACCCCGCCCACAUCUCCACCAUCGGUGUCGAUUUCAAGAUGAAGACCAUCGAGGUGGAUGGGAUCAAGGUGCGGAUACAGAUCUGGGACACAGCCGGCCAGGAGCGGUACCAGACCAUCACCAAGCAGUACUACCGGCGGGCUCAGGGCAUUUUCCUGGUGUACGACAUCAGCAGUGAGCGCUCCUACCAGCACAUCGUGAAGUGGGCCAGCGACGUGGAUGAGUACGCACCCGAUGGCGUCCAGAAAAUCCUAAUCGGGAACAAGGCGGACGAGGAGCACAAGAGGCAAGUGCCCAAAGAGCAAGGGCUGCAGCUGGCCAGGGAAUACGGGAUGGAUUUCUACGAGACCAGUGCCUGCAGCAACCUCAACAUCAAGGAGUCCUUCACACGGCUGACGGAGCUGGUGCUGCAGGCACACCGCAAGGAGCUGGACGAGCUGCGGGGGCUGCCCCGCGCCCCCACCCUGGCUCAGCUGGAGGAGGACGAGCAGCAGCCCCUGGGGAGCGAGGACACCCCCAAAACAUGCUGGUGUUGAAGGCUGGGACCCCCCGACCCCUCCUCCUCAGGCUGUGUCAGGGGGCAUGGUGGACACCAGGAUGCUGCCAGGCGCUUGGAUGGGCACCACAGGACCAUGGUAGGCACCACAGCAGAUAGGCCCAAGGGUGGAGCUGGUACUGGGACCAGUGGGCCCCAGGACUAGUGGGCACUGGGAUGGGCAGCACAGGAGGCCCCAGAAGUGAUGCCAUGGCAGCACCAGGCAAGGAGGAGUACUGGGACACUUGUCCCCUCCUCCUCUGCCCCACAGAGCCCCAGCUCCCAGAUUCCUGUUAUUCCCUGACUCCCGUUAUUCCCCAACUCUCACUGCCAUUCCCAACCCUCGGGAACAUGCCAUUCUAGGCUGGGAGCA